AGCAUUCUGUAGAUUAUUAGUUUCUAAGCCGCAUUGGAUUACAGAUCAGGCAAUUUAGUGUCAAAAAUCAAUCAAAAUCAAUUUAAACAUGAAACUUUUUUGUGGAAUUGUGGUGUUCGCGAUAUUCGUAUCAGCGGCGAUAUGUGGUGAUGCCGCUGAAAAAUUGACCGACCAAAAAUCAGCCACCACAAACGCAGAGGGCUCGGUGAAGGAAAAACGUGGCAUUUUUUCAUACACAUCACCGUAUGUUUAUCAUAGUCCAGUUGUUGUACAUCAUUCAGCACCGAUUAUCCAUUCAGCACCGAUUAUCCAUUCGGCUCCAAUUGUUUCGGCGCCAUUAGUUUCAGCGCCAAUCAUACAUCAUUCGGUUGUUGCAACUCAUGCCGUGCAUCCAGUCGUUUCCCAUUCGUACAUUUCGCAUGCACCGUUAGUGGCAGUGCACCAUUUUAAACGACGUUAAUUCGAGCACUAUUCGAAUGAAUCACUAUUUUUAAAUUUAAUAAAAAAAGACCGUCCGCCUAAAGAGUUCAAACUACUUUACACAACUCAAUAAAGCUACCGUAUACUCAAUAGACACCAAAAAAUGGCAACGAUUUGCAAGCACGCAUACAAGAAAUGACGUAGCGACGAGGAAAUGCAAAUGGAAAAUAGAAGUAGUAAAACAAGUUCGGAAUCAACUCUAAUAUUCUAUUCUGGUUGUAGUUUAAUUGACUUCAAAUUAAAGAGAAUGAUUUGAAAUUCAUAAAUAACGCGAUAACAAUAUAAUCGACUGAAGUCAAUUUGAAUCACACUUCAGACUGUUUUGUCAAUAUUAAAAAAAAAACUCACUAUUUGUAGAUGUAAAAUGAAAUAGCAAAAGUUGAAAUAAAAUCAUAACAUGUAAGAGAGAAAAACAAAACCAA